UUAAUAUUGGCUUGGAAUAAACGCUACCUGAAAACUUUGUUUCUUCGCUGCUUCACUUUCUCAUGAGAGAAAACAAGCAAUCAAUGACGGGAAAAUCUGGAAAGCAUUUCUCUCUCAAUGAGAAUUCAAAGAAAAUUACCAAACGAACGCCCCCUACCGCACACCAUGACCAGAAAAGAUCUCUAAACGGGCUUACAAUGGAGUUGAGGUCUCAAAAUGCAGCAGCUAUUUUUUUACAAUCCAGCAAUACUGGCAAUAGCAACAGACUCCCUGGUCCAGAUUGCACAGCCCAUACAGGACAUUCAAAGAGGGGUGAUUGGAAAGAGGAGGUCUAUCAAAAGAUUAAAGCCAUGAAAGAGAUGUAUUUACUGGAAUUAAACGAAACGUAUCAGAAAAUAUCUGCUAAACUGCAACAACAUGAUUCUCAUCCUCAACAACUAAAGUGGGAACAGGUUGAGAAGCUGGAAAUUUUUAAGACCAUAUUGGAGCGUAUUAUAACAUUCUUACAGGUGUCCAAAAGUAAUAUCUCACCUGAUUAUAGGGAAAAGCUGGGUUCCUACGAGAAGCAAAUUAUCAAUUUUAUAAAUGCAAAUAGGCCCAGGAAGCCUGUUUCUUCACUGCAACCAGGGCAACUUCCCCCACCUCAUAGGCAUUCCAUGCAGCAGCCACAGUCACAACUUACUCAAGUUCAGCCCCAUGACAAUCAAAUGAACCCACAGAUACAAUCAAUGAACUCACAAGCCUAAGUGUGUGGUCUUCGGCAACAUUAAGAGUUGGAAACACUUUGUUUAGCUGGGAAUUAUUAUGACUAUGUUGAAGGCCUUGAGAAGCAUUAUAAAUUUACUACAUAUAUAGACUUGUAGCCCCAAAUAGUUUUGAUAUCAUGAUUCUGAGUUUCAAAGCUGAAACUAAAUAAUGUGGAUGGAUAUGAUCCUAAGACUUUUAAAAUCUUAAGAUUGUCAACUGAAUUGUUGUAUGAUUAUAGACUGCAACUUAUCAUAAAGUGUAUUUGAGAGUGCUUUGAA